UUUUCUUUGCCUUUACUCUGUUGAAUCAUCAGUACUAGUGAUCUCUCUCCACCAUCCAAACUCUCUUCAGUCAUCUUGUACUCUCUCGCUCUCUCUCUCUCUUGCCAUCUCCAUCUAUAAAAGCAAAACCCCACAAAAGCUAAACUAUUCCUUUCUCUCUUUCUUUCAACCAUGGCUGACCCAUACUCAAAUUUCUUCAGUGGUUGGUUCAAGUUCAACAAUAAUAUGAAUACUAAUACUAAUAGUAAUCUUAACCCUUUUCUUCAUCAUUACCCAUCUCAAAUUCCAUCUCUUCCUCAACAGCCAGAAAUUCCUUUUUAUACAAAUCCUUUGACUGUAAACCAAAAUCACUCGUUUUUUCACAACCAAACUAGACCUCCAUCUCCUCCUCUAAGAGAAGCCCUACCCCUUUUAAGGUUAACUCCAACAAGAGAAGAAAAAGACCAAGAACAAGAAAAUCAAGAACUUCUAGAUCAAGAAAAUCAAGAAUUACAGAUUUCUUGCACUACUGGUAUGGAUAUGUUGGGCAAAGAUCAAGAAAGGAGUAGUACUUCGUUUUCUACUAGUGGAUUUAGUGCUAAUAAUAAUAAUAAUGAUGAGGAAGAAGAUCAAGAAGAAGAAGAAGAUGAUACUGUUACUGUUGCACUGCAUAUAGGGUUACCUAGCCCUAGUGCUGCAGAAAUAGCUUCCGUGCUAUCUUCUUCUUCAGAUGUAACUCAUGAAAAAGAUGGAGAUGAUUCUAACGGGUACCCUAUUAACAGGCUUAAUAAGGGUCAAUAUUGGAUCCCUACUCCUUCUCAGAUUCUGAUUGGCCCUACUCAGUUUUCAUGUCCUGUUUGCUGCAAAACCUUCAACAGAUACAAUAACAUGCAGAUGCAUAUGUGGGGGCAUGGAUCUCAAUACAGAAAAGGGCCAGAAUCUCUAAGAGGAACACAACCAACAGGAAUGUUAAGGCUUCCUUGUUAUUGUUGUGCAGUGGGUUGCAGAAAUAAUAUUGAUCAUCCAAGAGCGAAGCCAUUAAAAGAUUUUAGAACUUUGCAAACACAUUAUAAGAGAAAGCAUGGGAUUAAGCCUUUUAUGUGUAGAAAAUGUGGGAAGGCUUUUGCGGUAAGAGGAGAUUGGAGAACACAUGAAAAGAAUUGUGGAAAGCUUUGGUAUUGUAUUUGUGGUUCUGACUUUAAGCACAAAAGAUCACUUAAAGAUCACAUCAAAGCUUUUGGUAAUGGCCAUGCAGCUUAUGGUAUUGAUGGUUUUGAAGAAGAAGAUGAUCCUGCUUCUGAAGUUGAACAAGAUAAUGAUUAAUUAAUUAAUUAAUUCCCAUGUAGUUAAUUAAUUAUUAGUAUAGCCAGAAGAUUAAUUAAUUAAUUAAUGGAGGGUAUUCAGGUUAUUAUUAGUGAAGUUUUAUUUAAUUAGCUAUCAUGAUGAGAACUAGAAUUAGUUUAAUUAUAUUGGAAUUUAUAUAUAUAAUAUAUGAAAUAGUUUAGGCUUUUGAAGUAAGAAGUAUAUAAGCAUCAAUUGUUUA